AGAGAAGGCACAGGAUGGAAAACUCAUGAUGAAUUGUUAGGGCAUGUUGAGUUGGUUCUGUCAAUGCCUGCAGUCAGAUGAUUUCACUGGCUGUACAAGAUGAAAUCUCAUAUUUCAAUGUAUAAGUAAAAGUGUGAAAGUUCAGCUGAAGCAGGGACAAAUACAGAACAAUUUUUUGUGUGUAUUUGUAACUAGGGCACCAGAGCAAUAGAGGAAGCCAAAAUGAGCCGGAAAAGCAAAAGGAGUUUAAAGGAGAAAUUAGCCUUGAAGAACAGCUUGGUUAAAGAAGCCCUCUCAGAAUUCCUGGGAACUUUUAUAUUGAUAAAGCGUGGUUACUGCCUGACAAACAUUGUACAGCCUUGAAUGAAUUGCUUCUAUUUAUGGCACUUGGAUGUGGGUGUGUAGGACAGGCUGUCCUUAGCCGAGGAGCCCAUGGUGGGCCCAUGACAGUAUCAGUUGGAUUUGCAAUGGCAGUCACCAUAGCAGUGUAUGUGUCUGGGGGGGUUUCUGGUGGUCACAUAAACCCAGCCGUUUCAUUAGCCAUGUGCGUGACUGGAAGAUUAAAAUGGACCAAAUUACCAAUUUACAUAUUAGCACAGCUCCUGGGAGCAUUUGUUGGAGCAGCGGCUGUCUUUGGGAUUUAUUAUGAUGCCUUUAUGGAGUAUAGCAAUGGAAACCUUGAAGUCACAGGACCUAAUGCAACAGCACAUAUCUUUGCAACAUAUCCAGCUCCGUAUCUGUCCCUCAUAAAUGGAUUUGCUGAUCAGGUGAUGUCAACAGCUGUUCUUCUUCUGGCUAUAUUUGCUAUUUUUGACACCAGAAAUAACAACGUACCAAAGGGCCUGGAGCCAAUUGCCGUAGGACUUCUUAUAAUUGCUCUUACUUGCUCCUUGGGAAUGAACAGUGGCUGUGCCAUGAACCCGGCCAGGGAUCUAGGCCCAAGGCUCUUCACAGCCAUUGCAGGAUGGGGGAUGGAAGUAUUCACGGCUGGAAAUAAUUGGUGGUGGGUCCCUAUAGUUGCACCUAUGCUGGGAGGUGUACUUGGAGCAACGAUCUAUAUUGUUUUUAUUGAAAUUCAUCACUCGGAUACUCAGCCAGAAGAAGAAAAUGACGUGUAUGAUAAAUAUGAACUGACCAAUAUGGAGUAAGAAGUGAAGAAUUUUCUCUCUCAUUCUGUUGUGCAGUUUUUACGCAAAUGAUUGUUUAGACCAUUUUAUUAAACCUGUAUGCCUCAACUGGAAAUUCACAUUUCAAAGCAGAAAAAAUCUAUAUAGGAAACAAGUUCAAAACUGACCUCUUUCCAUGAAACAUUGGGCUGAUUACAUUCAAA